AUGGUGUUUGAAAAGCCAAUUGUUGUCGACUGUCGCGGUCAUUUGGUAGGUCGUCUUGCUUCUUUAAUUGCCAAGGAGCUUUUAAUGGGUCAGCACGUUGUGGCGGUACGCUGUGAACAGUUGGAGAUCUCCGGCUCGCACGUGCGCAACAAAAUCAAGUUUCUUCAGUUUUUAAACAAGCGUACGGCCACUAACCCCAAAAAGGGUCCCGUUCAUUACCGUGCUCCAUCGCGUAUGCUGUGGCGUACAAUCCGUGGUAUGCUGCCGCACAAGACAGCCCGUGGUGCCGCUGCUUUGCAGCGCCUUAAGGUGUUUGACGGUAUUCCGUCACCAUACGACAAGCAGAAACGUAUGGUCAUCCCUGCUGCCUUGCGUGUGCUGCGCCUGAAGGCCAACCGCCGCUUCACUGUCCUUGGCGCCCUGGCAUCGGAAGUUGGUUGGCGUCAUGCUGAGCUUGUGAAGCGUCUUGAGGCUAAGCGUGUGUUAAAAUCCGAUGCUUUCUACAAGAAGAAAGUUGCCCAGCAAAAGCGUCUUGCCGAGGCUGAGGCGAAGGUAUUUGCCGACAAUUCGGAACUUAAGCCUACGCUUUCCAAGUAUGGCCAUGCUAUUUGA